UGAGAGAGAGAGAGAGAGUGAGAAAAAGUAACCGAGAGAGAGAGAGAGAGGAUGAGAGAGAGUCUGGGAGCGGAGAGAGAAGGUUAAUUUAGUUUUUACCUUGUUCUUUUUUUUGUUUUAACUUUUUAUCGAUUAAUUAGAAAAUAAACUAAUUCGUUAAUUAGAUUGGAGGUGGUGGUGGUGAUUAAUUUUAGAUAAAUCAAAUUGGAUGGUUAAGUGAUGCGGUCCUCAACUUUAAUCUUCGGGUAUCUCACCAAUGAAGAGAAAGCGAAUGUAAUUAAAACAUUAAUUUUUCUCUCUUUUCUUUUAACUCGGUUUUCUAAUGUAUAUGGAGAAAUAUCAUCGCCAUCUUCAUCUUCAUCUUCCUCUGAUUCAUUUGGAGAUAAUUUUUUAGAACAAUCAACUAAUCAACUGUUACAAUUACACGAUAAUCAUCACCACCAAAUAGACUCUCAUCAUCAACAACAACAACAACAUCAUCAUCAUCAUCAUCAUCAUCGUCGUCGUCGUCAUCAUCGUCAUCGGCAUCAUCAUGGUUCCAGGUUAAUUAAUGAUCAUGAUGAGAUUGAUUCUAGGAAAUUAUCAUCAACUGAUUGGAUUAAUAAAUUGAUUAAAAGUGAUGGUGAUAAACUUUGUGCUGGUUGUGCAUCUUUAGAUGAUAAAUUGUUUAUUAAACUAAAAUUAGAAGCAAUUAAAAAUCAAAUACUAUCUAAAUUACAUUUAGAUACUAAACCCAAUGUUACAACACAAUUAACUGAUUCAAUGGUAAUUGAUACUUUAUUAGAAUCUAAAUCUAUUCAAUUAAAAAGAGAUGAUGUAUCAUCAUCUUUCAUCUCAACUUCAUCUUCUUCUUCACCAUCAUCAUCAAUACUUUCAUCUUUAUCUUCAUCACCUUUAAUUUCAUCGCCAAAUGAUGGUUUUAAUCAACCACAACAACAAUUAAGUCAACCAUAUUUAGGUAAAAGUCAAUCAUCAUCAAUUAGUAAUUCUAAUCAACAUCCUUUAGAUAAACAAAAUGAUUCAUCAGAAUCAGCUGAUGAUUAUUAUGGAACCACAUCUGAGAUAAUUUCAUUCCCUGAACCUGGUAUUCAAAUUAAUGGACAUACUUUAUUGGAAUUUACUUUACCAAAUACCAAUAUUGACUUAUUGGAUGUUAUAUCGGCUAAAUUAUGGGUUAAAGUUGAACCAUGGGAGAUGAAUAAAGUUCAUAGGAAACCAUUGGAAAGCCAAAAAAUUAGUUUAUUCAUAUUCGCUGCUCGAAACAUAUCAACCUCUCCAAAUUUAGAUAAUAAUAAUAUUAAAUUAACUGGUGAUAGUUUAACAUCAAUCAAAGGAGUUUACUUUGAUCGUAUAUUGUUGAAAAAAGUACCAGCAUCAAUUGGAUGGAAACAACUUGAUUUAACAUCUGAGGUACAACGUUGGUUCCCGUCUAGAACUAAAUUAUCCUUGAUGAUUGACUGUUCCGGGUGUGAAGGUUGGGAUUCAUGGAUUAUCUCACCCCCAGGAUAUCAUGCAGGUUAUUGUUCAGGCGACUGUUCAAAGCCCAUGAAAACACCAGAUAUUUAUAGUUGGUACCAUUCCUAUGUUAUGGACAGUUACAGGAUCGCCAAUCCUUAUGCUUCAAUCUCACCCUGUUGUACACCAACUCGACUGGAACCCUUGGAAAUAUUAUACUGGGUGGGACAUAAUGUUGUAGCAUCUAAACUUCCCAAUAUGAUUGUCAAAGAGUGUGGGUGCUCAUAAUCCAAUAGUCAACUAACUAAUUAACUAAUUAUCUUUCAUCCUUUUGUUUUCCUAAUCAACACACACAAACACAAUUCUUGAUUUAAUUUCAUUCAGUUUUCUAUUAGUAACAAUUAAGACACCGUUAUGAGAUAAUGAUAAUAAUUGCUAAUAAUAAUAAGGAAAGAUAACAUUAAUUUCAUUGAUAGAAAUUAAAAGUGAUUAAGUUAAUUUAAUCGAGUUCAAAUUAAUUAGAAUUGUUUUUCUGAUUCUUCUCUUCAUUAGAAACAUAAUUUAGUUACACAAAUUAAUUAUCAAUCAAUAUAAUCAUUUAAUUCAUUGAGAUGAAGACAAUUUAGGAAAACAAAUUAAAUUAUUUCACGUCAAUUGCAAUUUAAUCCACUGAUUAUGACGUCUACCCAAUUAAGAUAAAUAAUUAAUUGUUGAUACCAAUCAAUUAGUCAAUAAUUAACUUUUUCAUCAUAAUUUGAAAAUGAUAUUUUGAUUAGCCUUUUAAAUUGAAUAAUUAAUUUGCCGCUUUAACUUUUUUUUUCCUCUAGUUUUUUAUUAUUAUAUUUUCUCAAUUACAAUUAACUAAUUAAUUUGAUUAGUUGUAAGACUUUCUCUCUCGCAAUUAUAUUCAAUUAUGUUUGUUUUUUUAGAUUGAGUUCACUCAGUGAACAAGUGAAUUAAUCAAUCAAUGGAUAAUCAAUAAGAAUGAGAAACAAGAGCAUCAAAUGCUCAAAAUGGAUUAACAAUUUAAUCAACUGGAUUAAAUCACAAUCACAAUCACAAUCAACAAUCAAUUGUUUCAAAAGAAAAUUAAUCCUUAUAUUAUAUAGAUACUCAAUUACAAUUUGUAUUACCUGUUAAUCAAUGAAAAAAACUUCAGGAUGAUUAAAAUUAUUGACGAAAGUAAAAAAUUAACUUUACAUGAUAAAUUAGCUCUUAAAUUGUUACAUUGAAAGUAAUCAUAAUCAGCUAAUCAACCAACAAGGAAUCCCCUUGAUUUAAUUGACAUGAUAGUAAAUGAAAAAAUCUCUUUAAUUUAAUUCACACACAAUAACUUAAACUCUAGUUAAUUGUAAUCACACCCUUUGGAAAAAAAAAUAAUUCUGAUUGAUUGAUUAACUUAAAUUGUUACCAUUAGUUAUUAACAAGAAUCUUAAUUAUAACCAAUAAAUUGUUUGUUUAAAA